ACUUCCACUGAACAUUCGCUCGCUAUACUCCCGUUAUUCCGUUUACUCCCGUCAUGUUGCUGCUUAUUUUCGCAGGUCUUCUGGCAAUCUCCUCUGGCGAGGAGAUCGCUGCCAAAAAAUCGUCACCGGCCACCGCCGACGAUAUCGUCUUAUUAGAGUUCGAUAUCAAGGAUCCCGUCAAGAGAUCGCCGAUCUCGAGUGGCGGCGUUUACGGACCUCAAACCAGUCAAUUUGUCAUUCGACACGGCGAUGACUCUCAAGAGCUUUCGCCGGAAUACUUGGCCGUCUUGCGACAAUUUACCAAUACCGAACCGCAGGCGUACUCUCCGAGCAAUGCGCCUCAGCGCAGGCCGCUUCCGGGUUACGCCAAACAGCAACAGGAAUUGCAGCAGGCGUAUUACAAUUACCGUAAACCCGCUGUGGCACCGCCCAGACCGAGACCGCAGCAAAUACACCCGCAGGCGUACGCCCAGGAAAUAGUCGCGCCGAUUCAGGCGCGCGGCCAGUCCGGAGCGUCCACGUAUCAAGUGGAAUCCUACAGUUCUUCACCGAAACUGAACAACUUCGAGCAAGAGUUGUUGCAACUGGUGUCCGCCAAUCAAGCUCAGGAGUUCAAUUUGAUUCCGACAACACAGGCCAAGGGCUAUUCGCAGCCAAGUUACGUCAAACCGACGGCUGCUCCGCAGUUACCCGAACAGUACCACAUCGAGACCAGUCCACCCCCGCGCUAUCCGCCGCAGCAGCGAAUCGCGGCGACGUAUCAGUCGGUCGAGCAACCGGUCCAGGUUCAGUAUCAGACACCGCAGGCAGAUUACUCGCAAGCAAAGAACGUUCAACCCUUCAGACCGUCCCCGCAGUACGACAGUUACGUGGAUCCGGCACAGGCUCAUGCUGAUGUCGAAGCGAACGCGAGGGCACAGGCUCAGGCGGAGGCGCAGGCUCUGGCCUUCCAGAAGAUCGCCCAGGAGUCGUAUCAGAAGCACCACAACGCAGCUCUGGAGCAGAUUAGAAUUGAUCACGAGCGAUACAGACAGCAGAGCGCUCUGGAACAAAUUCAGCAGGGGGAAACCGUGAGCCAGGCCGGACAGGCGCAUAACGAGGGUCGGCUGGAGCCGAAAGAUCCGGAGGCCGCUUACAGAGCGAAGUUGAAGGCGCAAGCGGCCGCCGAGGCCGCCGAGGCCAGAAGAAUCCAGGCGGAGGCCGAGCAAAAGGCUCACGCCGAAGCUAUACGUCAGGUCGAGGCUCAACAGCAAGCCCAUGUGAGAGCGCAGGAGAAGGCUCAUCACGACGCUCUGAACUUCGAGAGGAAUCAGCUGCGCGCUCAAGCUCAGGCUCAGGCGCUCGCGCAGGCGCAGGCCGAGGCUCUGUACAAGGUGUAUCAGCAGUCGCGCGCCAAGGCCAACAGCGAGAUCCUGGCGGUUGCCAGAGCUCAAGCUGAAGCCAAGAAAGCGAAUCCUGACGGCACCCCAGUCAUUCAGUACCUCCUGCCCAACAAUCCUAAGCUCCCGCCACCCAACAGUUACUUCACCAACGACGACGUGAACAAAUAUCAGGCUUCCGGUUCCACGUACGCUCCCCGAACUGUGACCAAGCCGGACGAAUCCGAUGAUUCGCAGGAACAAGCUUACAUUCAGCCAGUUAUCACUCAACCGCGUCAAGCGCACAAGCUGAAAGCGCGGCCGACCGAAUCUUCUGUGUACGUCACUCAAUCGGGUCUCCUGAAGAAGUCUCCUGUCAAAUCCAUCACCAUCGAAGAGGUCAUCGAGCAAGAUCAGUUGAACGUUCCUCAGGUUGUGCGAAUUCCCUCGCCUAAGCAUCAACAGACUCUGACGCAGGAAGAGCUGUCCGCUCUGAUCAACGCCGGUUACAGCGUCACGCCGAUAUCGCAACCGGUUAAACCGACCCAGCCGACUUACGUGCCGGAGAACACUUCCGCCGAUUAUCAAUUGGCAAAGAAGCAACGACCGGUUUUCAGACCGGAAUACAUCGCGUACGAGAAGACCGUUCAGCGGCCGCAAAAACCCAUCAGGAAGAAUGUCUCUGUUCCGAAACAGGACGGCGCCAGCGCGAGCGAGAAAGUCACUUUUCUGGUGCCUCUGGAACCCAGUUUCGGCACAAGACAACCAUCGGUCAGGACUAGCGAGUAAUUAGGCGCUUUUAUUGUCGUCGGGAAAAAUUAAUGACGAAAUUAGAAAGUUGAACGUCGGAUUUUCUUUUUCGAAGCUUAUUUUUCUCUUGCAGUAAGUGUCAUAUAAUUUUCUUUUCCGAUUAAAACUCGUAAAUAAUAUGCGAUAAAAAAAAAAGUUUAAAAUAAAUGAAGUUACUUUUG